GUGGUACUCAUAUGAUAACAAUUGGUUAUCACGUAAAUGCCACAUAUAUAAAGAUUUCAAAUAUAGCGAUAAUACCAUUUCGGUCGAAAGUGAUUUUUCAAAACUGUGCAAAAUGCGGAUUUUAAUUUUCACGUUCUUUAUUGGGUUUAUCUACGGUGCCCCAGCUGCCCCAGAAGUUGGACUGUGUGAGGUGUGUCAUCUAUUGGUCGGGGAAGUACAAGAUCUGCUCACAACACCUCAGACCCAGGACUCAGUAUCAAGUUAUGUCACUGACGCAUGCGCAAAGUUACCAUCGGAAGAAAAGGAUGUCUGCAACAGUUUCAUGAAAUCUCAUUCGGGAAGUUUGUUUAGCAGAUUAAUAAAAGAUCUUACACCGAACGAGUUUUGCAAAGGUCUGACCGAUGUAUGUCCGGCUUACAUCGAGGAACCGGAAGUGGAACCAAUGGAAGAAGCAGACGAUCCGACUGCUAAUCCCCUGGAAUGUGAGUUGUGUAAACUGAUUGUACUGGGUAUAGACAAAAUAAUUAAGCAAAACAGAUCAUCAGCUGCCAUAAACGAUACCUUGGAAAAAUUCUGCGACUCACUCCCGGAUCAGAUCAAAGACGUGUGCAUUAAAAUUGAACCAGCUAUUUUGAAAGGACUCACUACCGGUUUCGAACCUAGUGUUGCCUGCAAGUUUGCCACAUUGUGUUCAGUGGAAGGAAAUGAAGAGCUAUCCCAGAUUCCGUGCGAUGUUUGUUACACUGCCAUGGGCGCUAUCGGAAUCAAAGAUACUGAAAGCAUUUGCGCGACACAGACAUCUUGUAUCAAGGAAUCGGAUGCACACAGACAACGGGAAGAAAACUCUAAACCGGAAGUUGAAGACACGUUAGAAUGCCAGAUCUGUAAAUUUGCAGUCCAAGCAAUUGACACAAUUGUGGGAGAAAAUAGGUCAGUCGCUAACAUCAAUCGAACGUUGGAAAAUUUGUGCAACAGUCUACCAGGAGAGCUGAAAGAUUCUUGUUUGAACGUUGAACCUGAUAUUUUAAAAGCAGUUAUCGGAGGAAUAGAUCCAUCAAAAGCCUGUGACUUCCUUAAAAUAUGCAAUGAUGAAAGAAAAGUACCACUCAGUUCUCAAUAUAUUCCCUGUGAUGUGUGCAAAGAAACAUUGGAGGCCAUUGCUGGAGAGAAAGGAGUGAGGAUAUGCUACAAGUUCAAAGAUGUAUGUGGUCUGGAAGCACCUGAGCUGGAACAGCAUGAAGAUCGUCUUGCUAUUCCACAGGAACAAUUUUCAGUUGGCGAAGAGGAAAAUGAAAACUUAAAGGAAGAUGCUAGAUGCGAGUUAUGUAAAUUCACGAUUCAACUCCUCGACGAGUCACUUGAGAAUAAUGCCACUUUGACACAAAUCAGCAAUACAUUAUAUGAAAUAUGCGCCGCCCUACCAGCCCAAUUCCAGGCGCUGUGCCCAGCAAUUAUACCACAGUUGGAGAAAGCUGUUGCCGCCGGUCUGGAUCCCACAAACACGUGCAUUGCAUCCAACUUUUGUACAGAAACUUCACGAUUGACUUCAAUUGAAGAAAUUAAGUGUGAAACGUGUGCACAGUUUGUUGAAAACCUUCCGGAUAGUACAGUCAUCAAGGUAAAGAAUGGAAUAUGCAGUGGCGCCUGUCGCACAAGAAAUCGUAGGUCGGCUGAUCAAGAAUCCCCAUUACUUUACAAGAUGAAAGAAGUUGUAAAAGCAUCAAAUCUGAAAGGGAUAACAGAAUGCGAACUAUGCAAGGUAUUUAUCCGCACCUUAGAUGGACUGGCCGGAGAGAAUGCAAGCAUUGAGACGGUUAAUAAAACAGUGUAUGAGAUAUGUACACGGCUUACAGGAAUACAGCUUCAACAAGUGUGUCUACAAGACGCACCGCAACUUGUUGUACUUCUGAAAAAUGGACUAGAUCCAGACAAGACAUGUGUAGCCGCCAAGCUUUGCAGCUCAGAUGAAAUACAAGUCAAAAUCCAGAAAAGAUCAGUUACCGAAGACAAGGAAUCUGCUCUGGUGAGUGUGAUUAAAGAAAAAGAACGCCAUAAUGUUGGCGGAGUGGCAUGUGAUAUAUGUGAAGGUGUGAUACAACUUUUGGACCAGCUGCUGGAAGAAAAUGCUACAGACGAAAAGAUCAACCAGACCUUAUAUAAUCUAUGUAGUGGCUUACCGGACGGAGGAUUCAAAGAUCUGUGCCUCCAAGAAAUUCCAACUAUAAUGGCGGCAGUAGAGCAAGGAUUUGACCCGCAGACGAUAUGUACAGACGCAGGUCUUUGUUCCGGAAGAAGUAAAGUAAGAGGCAAAGCGCAGUUGAAAAAGAAAAUUAUUCGUGAAAAAGACACCAGAACAAACAACGUGGAUUCUGCUUUGCUGAAGAUUAUUGUAACUAAACAAAAAACACAACGUAACGUGGGAGACAUAGAAUGUGACAUAUGUGAAGGUGUGAUUGAAAUAGUGGAUCAAUUUUUAGAAGAUAAUGCCACGGAUGAAAAGAUCAAUCAAACACUGUAUAACCUUUGCAGUGGCUUGCCAGAUGGAGCUAUCAAGGAUCUGUGCACACAAAACGUUGUGCCAGCUAUUAUGUCGGUAGUAGAACAAGGAUUUGAUCCAGAAAAGACAUGUAGCCUGGCUGGACUCUGUAAUGAUAACAGACAAAAGAAGAAGACACAGGAGGUGCAUAAACAAGUUAAGGAUUUCAGAAACGACAGGGAAAUCUCAAACAUUGAAAAAGACAGUCAGGAAAAUGGAAAUCUUAAAGAUCUUAAAUGCGAGGUUUGUAAAGCAGUUAUUGAGGAAAUUGAUGCCGUCUUAAAGCAGAACGCUAGCAUAGAAAAAGUCAACGAAACUAUAUAUGAAGUGUGUUCUGAGCUUCCAGGAGCCUUACAGGAUGUGUGUUUACAAGCCGCCCCACAAAUAGUUGAUGCUCUGAAGAGCGGUGUAGAUCCAACACAAGCAUGUGGCUCAAUCGGUCUUUGUUCCAGCAGUUCAGAAGCCAGCGUAACACCGGAAGAGGAAGUUGAAGAUAUAAACAAUAAUGUUGGCGACAUCAAAUGUGACAUCUGUACGCUGAUUAUACAAGGCCUGGAUGAGAUUAUAGGAAAGAACUCGAGUGAACAAAAAAUCAAUGCUACCAUAUAUAAGAUUUGCAACGACUUGCCUGGAAGUGCCAAAUCUUACUGUAUCAUACUUGCACCAGUUGUAUUGAAGGAGGUGGAAAGUGGAGUAGAUCCUACAACAGCUUGUUCAGUUAUGAAACUUUGUACCAGUACAGACAUUGAAACAGUCACUGAAAUGAUUGAAAACGGUGGGGAUGUAGAAUGUUAUAUAUGUGAGUUGAUCAUAGAAGCGCUUGAUAAUCUUGUGAGGGACAAUGCUUCAACUGCGCAAAUUAACGCUACAAUGUUCGCCCUUUGCGAUGCCCUACCUGGUGAAUUCAAACAAUUUUGUACUUCAGUCGCACCAACUAUUGUUAAAGGAAUAGAAAAUGGAGCGGACCCAAAGACGGCUUGUACUGACCUGAAACUCUGUACCAGUGCAGCAGUUGAUGAACCUGAAGAAAAAGCAUCUAAUGUUGGGGAUAUAAAAUGUGAAAUAUGUGAGUUGAUUAUACAAGGCAUCGACAGUAUUGUGGGAAAUAACGCUUCAGCAGAGAAAAUAAAUGCUACAAUCUACACCCUUUGCAGCGAUCUACCCGCCGGAGCAGCUCAGAAAUAUUGUAUAAUGGUGGCUCCUACUAUUGUAAAAGCGAUAGAAGGCGGUGUCGAUCCAGAUCAAGCUUGCGCGGCCCUUAAUCUCUGUUCGAGCUCAGUUGAUGAAUAUGAAGAGAAUACACUAAAUGUAGGGGAUAUAAAAUGUGAAAUAUGUGAGUUGAUUAUACAAGGCAUCGACAGUAUUGUGGGAAAUAACGCUUCAGCAGAGAAAAUUAAUGCUACAAUCUACACCCUUUGUAGCGAUCUACCCUCCGGAGCAGCCCAAAUAUAUUGUAUAAUGGUGGCUCCUACUAUCGUAAAGGCGAUAGAAGGCGGUGUCGAUCCAGAUCAAGCAUGUGCGGCCCUUAAUCUCUGUUCGAGCUCAGUUGAUGAACAUGAAGAAAAAACAUCAAAUGUAGGGGAUAUAAAAUGCGAAAUAUGUGAGUUGAUUAUACAAGGUAUUGACAGUAUUGUGGGAAAUAACGCUUCAGCAGAGAAAAUAAAUGCUACAAUAUACACCCUUUGUAGCGAUCUACCCUCCGGAGCAGCUCAAAAAUAUUGUAUAAUGGUGGCUCCUACUAUUGUAAAAGCGAUAGAAGGUGGUGUCGAUCCAGAUCAAGCAUGCGCGGCCCUUAAACUUUGUUCGAGCUCAGUUGAUGAACAUGAAGAAAAAACAUCAAAUGUAGGGGAUAUAAAAUGUGAAAUAUGUGAGUUGAUUAUACAAGGUAUUGACAGUAUUGUGGGAAAUAACGCUUCAGCAGAGAAAAUAAAUGCUACAAUAUACACCCUAUGUAGCGAUCUUCCCUCCGGAGCAGCUCAAAAAUAUUGUAUAAUGGUGGCUCCUACUAUUGUAAAAGCGAUAGAAGGCGGUGUCGAUCCAGAUCAAGCAUGCUCGGCCCUUAAUCUCUGUUCGAGCUCAGAGACACAGAAUAAAGUUGGAGAUAUAAAAUGCGAAAUUUGUGAGUUGGUUAUUCAUAAACUGGACGAUCUUUCUAGACAGAAUGCAUCAAAAGAAAAAAUAAACUCAACCAUUUAUCAGUUAUGUAAUGAUAUGGGAGGAACCGCUAAAACAUUUUGUAUGCUGCUAGCACCAGCUGUUGUGAAAGAAGUAGAGACGGGUGCAGAUCCGGAAACAGCAUGCAAAGAUCUUAAACUAUGCACAACCGAAGCACCCAUAAGAAACGCAAUUUCUGACGUAAGAAAAGAGCCUCUAGACUGUAAUAUAUGUGCACGGUCUCUGACAGCCGUAUAUGAGGAUAUAUCGGGCAACUAUAUGAAAGUUGAAAGGCAGUUACUUCAGAUUUGCAGCAAUUUGCCAGGUAUAUUCCAGGGCGCGUGUGAGAGUCUAGUCCAAAAUGACAACGGUAGACUGUUUAAAAAGGUUCUAGCAAACUACACACCCACUUCUCUCUGUGAAAUGGCAAAAUGUCAGGAAAGUGAAGGACCAUUGAAAAAUCAUUCAUUUUGAAAAAGUGCAAUAUAACUUCAUAUGAACCCAUUAUCUGUUUAACUGAAAACCGUCAGACAAAAUAGAAAAUUGACAUUUAAGUUAAAGAAGUAUUGUGAUAUUAGGAUACAAUAUAUUGUUGUUAACGGACACGUUUUAUGUUCUAUAGCAACAGUAAUUUAGUUGUAAAUUCUACUCUUAGUUAUGUCCAUUCGUGUUACAAAUGUAAAAUUAAUCAAAUAAAAGUGUCAUUACGUUAUUUACGUAAAUAAAAUUGUGAUUAAUGUGAAAUUUAGAUGGAAUCUUCACUCCUCUGUUCUUUAACAGCAUAUAUUUUUCUUUCAGUGUGUCUUUGUGUGAAAUUUCGCAUGCAGUUCGUAAAGAUAUGAUCAAGAUUUAAGACUCUCGAUUUAUUUAGAAACAUUCUGUUUAUUUACAUAUAAUCACACGGAGAUUUGUUUCUUUUUGUAAGAAUAAAGAAUUUGAUACUAUC